GGUUACGUAGAUAAUCAACGAUUGUCAUUAUGCAUUGAACCGACGAAUAGUGAUUUCUCAUAGAAGAAAGUGAAAAUAUUACGUGGCGCCAGUAUUAAUUUCUUUUGAUAUAUGGUGCAGUGUCGAUACCGUCGUAAUUAUUCAUAGCAAUCUUAGCGAGGAAUCGAUAUACGUUGCAUAACAAUCAGAAAUUACCACUCUUAAUAUAAACAUGCGUAACAUUGGAAUUGUCUGAAUUUGAACAUAUGAUAUGCAAUAUAUCCGUCAAAGAAUAAUAAAAGAAUAAUAAACAAGAAAAAUCAAUUGAUAAAUUCUAGAAUUUAUCGAAAGGCGGGUAUUUAUAUUGGAUGGAUACAAAAAGAAAAACACAACUGAUUUUACAAGAAAAUUCAAGGAACUUCUCGAGAUGGAUCAAAAUAUAAACAAAAGUUUCGAAUCGAUGGAUGACAAACAUUCUACGUAAUCUCUUCGUACCGGCCAUCAUCCCCUCGCACACCGUCCAAAUGAUUCGUCCCAGUCGUCGUCUUAGACGCGUAGAAUAAUCGUUAUUAUCAGGAACGGUCGACAGCGACGAGAUAACGCGGUCGAGAAACCAACCGAGCAGAUCAGAUUGCGAUCGAUCUCGAGAAACGAAAAUUAUAGGAGAUCCGAAGCACCUUCUGCCGGUAAUUCUAUUACCGCUGGAAGGCAAAUUUCGAGCCGUAUAGGAUCGGAAGGAAGUAACGUAUAGUCCUCGUCGUUAGCAUCUCGGAACGUCAUAUAUCUUGGCAGUAAUGCGCACAAAUUAUGCGUCUCGUGCCUCCACGGAGCAACGGCCACUAAGAAACGAGCAACAGUUGCACGUUUACGUUUACACUUGCGGAUAAUCUAGCAUCCAUCGAUUCCUUUGCCUUUCUUACUUCCCGUUUAUUCUUUUUACGCUUUUUUCGGCCAUGUUUCGCCAUGUUUCCUGAAAUUCGUACUCUGUUUCGAUAUUAACGCUUUUGUGGAACACGAAAUACAUUCUUUAUCUACGUGACGUGUUGUGUUUUGAUGCCGUCCUUGCAGCCAAACAAAAGGUGCACGCACAUGUGAUUGGUGUUCCUAACAUUUUCGUUGUUCGAAGAAGUCUGUUUCGUGAUCGUCGUUAUUUGGCAAGUUUGCACGCCAUAGUGACAACGAAAUUAGAAAGUGGAUUAUCAAUUUUUAUUAAUGGAAACAUUUUUGCAUAAAAAGUAAUCAGUUUGAGUAUUUAUCGAAGUUUUUACAAUUAACAUGUGAUGAUACUUUAAGAAAAACAAUUGAGAUAUUAGAAGAAAGUGAAAACAUACGAUCGAAUGUUUUUGAAACAAUUAAAAGAUCGAGAAGUUAGUGAGAAUUUCAAAUGCAGUAACGAUUCUGUUUAAAAACUUCGAAUUUAAAAUUAUAGUAAAAUGGAAAAGUGAAUAAGGGUAUUCUAAAUUGAAGAAAUCAUAACAUUGUAAAGUGAAACAUUCAGAUAAAGAUGAGAUUAUUUUAACUGACGAGUAUCGAAGGAAGGAAGUAUCGAAGGAAUUCUUGUGACACUGUCACACAGCUGUUAGUGAAAAUAGGAAACAUAGAAUAUACCGUUAUGUAGUAUUCUAGCAAGCAAUCAUUCGUUUACCUGGAUCUCGAAAGUGAACAGGCACGUGUGGAAAGUGCAAUUAUUUCGGAUUUCGAAGAUUAUAAGUGCGCAUAUCAGUUUGACCCUGAAUAUUCUUAAAUAUUAUGAAAUCGACUACGUCCAAACCAUAUCAGUAUCAAAUAUAUCUCUCUAAUUGCGUCAAUUAUAUUUUAUAUUUUUCACACGAUAUUUCUCACGAUAACAAUUGAAUUGAGAUAAAAUGAAAUAUAUAUAAAUAAAACGUGGAUCACUAGUGAAAUUGUUAGAGAGAAGCAUAAUUUUGAUUCGUCUUUAAAAAUUAUCGUCGCCGAGAAAAAACCUCCACGUGCAUAUCAGGAUAACAUCUGUAGCUUUGAGUGAUGACAUUUACGAAUGGUAUCUACAGAAUUUUAUGCGACAUUCGGUUUGGUGGCGACUCACUUGGUCAAAGUUCGAUCAUACUUGGAGGUAUCACAUCGGCGGAGGAGCCAUGUCACCGGAACUGCAGAACGGAUCGCGAGAAAUCGACGUAGAACCGGGAGAAUCGGAUCGCCUGUCGAAUACCUGGCUCGAGUGAAAACGGAAGAUCGCCGUGCAAUAAUCGUGGAUCGACACGCGUGAUCGGUCCAACAGCUUGGAACCUACGGCCUCCCCGCUGGCCUGGCCAGCUACUAUGCGAAUUGAAGCUCUCAGCACCCUCGUCGCGGUGGUUUGGCUGACCGCAGUCCUGUGCCCGCGGCUUGCUGCCGCCAACAACCUGACUUUAUCCUUUUCCUCUCGUAAGACCAGGGAACAUCCUUUCAGGGGACAUAUCUCUCGCUGGACGCAGACUUUAGAAGAUACUACCAAGCGGAUGACUUAUCGAGAGAUGAACAUGAUUCUGCGACACGAAGGAGGCGAGGACGGGCUUCCAGUCGAUUGCUGUCCUACGGUAGAGGAAAUGGUGGAACCGGUCGGCGGUCGAAAUCGGGAAAACAUGUAUGUUCAACUGUAUCGGGAUGGCCAGAACGCCCAGAGGUUCUUCGAGUACUCCUGCAGGCCAGACGUCCUCGACAAGCCGUGCAGGUUCAUCGACCGGAAGUUCACCAACCAGUCCAGAUGUGUGCAGAAGUUCUCAUAUACUUAUGCUAUCAUUGAAAAUUCUGGAUCGACGGGUGGAAAAGAGGAACACGGGAGACAUCGGCACAGAGAACGCAUGAUUCCUACAUUUGCUGGAAACACAGUGGGUGGAUCGAUGUGGACAUUAGACUACAUCAAAGUACGAAGUGGCUGCAGCUGCGAGAUCAUGCCGAAACUAAAAAAAAAGAAAAAAUACAAGAAAAGCAAGCCAAGGGAUCAAGACUUAGAUCCGGAGACUUGAGAUUUCCGUAGAAUCAGGACAGAUUGUUCUACCUCCGAAUACGCGAUAUCAUUAUUAAAAAACAUAUUUUAUGGUCCGAUCGAAAUACAUUUUGAAUCGAUGAAAAAACUAAUAAAAAAAAGAAACGAAAUAUAUAUUCGUUUCUCGGACCGAUUAAAAUGUUACCAAUAGAAAGGAUUAUCUUUUUAGCAAAGGUUGAAACGUUAAUAUUAUUAUUAAAAGUACUCAAAAACUUAUAUUGUUUCUAGCAAUACAUUAUCGACAACAGUAAUUAUUUUACAACAAUUUUUAUUAUCGUAUUUAUUAUAUAUAUAGACAAUAAUAAUAGAUAAAUUAUAUAGAUGUAUGAUUUGAAAAUAUGAUAAGAUAUUAUUAAUACAUGUUAAAACUCUAGAGAGGAGGUUCCGCCAAACUUCAUAUUUUGUUUAUUUUUGAUAAAAAUUGAUAUUUUAAAUGAAGAUAAAAUAAUUGUAAUUAUAAUACAAUAAAGUUAGUAGAAUCUCCUUCACAUGGAUAAAUAUUGGAUAGACUGAUAUUACAAUUCAAAGAGUUGAAUGUGAAAUAUUAUGUAAAUCUAGGUUUUCUAAAUUAUCAUUAUUGUCAGAAAAAAUAAUCAUAUAAUAAGGAUGCGUGUUUAUAUUAUUAUAUUAGCAAUAAAUGAAUGUCUCGAUCAGAUUUAUAUUAACAUUUAAACUAUAUUUUCAGUUUCAUCUGCGGCCAGUUAUCAUAUGCUCCUAUAAUUUUAAUAUAUUUUAAAAUUAUUUCUAUUUGUAAGUUAGAGAUCAAAAAUAGAUUUUAUCGUUAAUAAUAUUUUAUAAUGUAUUACGUUUUAUAGAUCUGCAUAUAAUUCGUUAUAUAUAUAGAUAACGACAACCAAAUAGAAAACUACUUAAAUUUAUUUAAGAUAUUAAAAUUCUAUUUAACUAAUAUUAUUAAGUCUGUUUUAUCUUUUAAAGCACUGACUAGAAGAAUUAAAAAGUGCAACAAGUAAAACGUUGCAUUAACUAGUAACCAUGACAAUUACUAAUAAAUCUGAGUAUAUCAUAAGAAAUAACAAAAUAAAAAUUUAUUAUAAUAAUCUAAUACAAGUUAGAAUAUAUACAGUUUAUUUUAUUUACAAAGGUAUAAAUAUCUUCAUAUG